CUUUUUACAAGUCCAGGAGCCACGACGGGCAGAGCGCGCGACGGGACUUGGUUGUAAAGUUAAAAUUUAAACUUUGCAACACCAGCGAACGCUACUUCUAUUUUUAGUUUGUGUAUUGUAUAGUCUUAAAAAAUAUUACAUCUUCCUUAUAUUAAUCUCUAUAAAGAAAAGUCUGUUUCUGUUUAACAUCAUCUUAUUGGACUAGAUAGAAUGGAUCCUUUCAUCAUAGCAGCGAUUAUCAGUGCCAUAGUAAUAAUUAUACUAUCUGUUGCAUUUUUAAAAGUAUCACAAGUUAAACCUCAAGCUGCAGCGAGACCCCGUGCUGUUGUUCAAAGAGAUGGAGGACCAGGCAGAGUGCAAGCUGUUAGAAACCAAAGGGCACGGAUGAGAGCAAAUGCUGCUCGUCAUCAGGCUGCUUUAGAAGAAGAACCUGAGGUACCUAAUGAAGUUGAAAACGAAGAAGUCCCAGAAUCAUCCACCAAAGUGGAAUUUGAUGAUAAAAUGGGAGCUAAGAAAAGAGCUAAGCUAGAAGCUAAGUUAGAAAAGCAAAAAGCUAGAGAAGCGGAGAUACAAAUGCGUGAAAUGAAGAAGAAAAGAGAUGAAGAACUUGAGGAAGAGAGGAGGAAAGUAGAAGAAAAACAAGAGGAAGAAGAACGUCAACGUCAGGAGGCUGAGAAAAAAGCGGAGGAAGAGCGUAAACGUCGCGAACAAGAAGAAUAUGAGGCAAUGAAGGCUGCAUUUUCAGUUGAGAGUGAAGGUUUUGAAGAGAAUGAUGAACAAGAUAAAGAGAGUUUGCUCCGUGACUUUAUUGAAUACAUCAAGGUGAGAACAUUAUUACUGACAGACAUGACAUUUAUGAUAACACGAGAUUGAGAAGAAAUUGAUUCAUCUUAUUCGGCAAAUUUUAUUGUGCCCUAUAUCUUUUUUUAUUUAAAAAGCGUGGCAUAUAAGCUUAUGGUAAGCGAACGCCAUAGGCCGCCAUAUGUAAAUGCUUGCGAUACCUAAGUAAAACAUGCUCCAAAGGCUUCCCUCAAUAUAACCCCAUGCGGCCAUAAUAGAGCCUUGGAACUUUAUCUUUUUGGCAACAUUGUUUCUAUCAGAAUUCAUCAGGUUACUAGUUAAUAUACUAUGUUCUCCUGUAAUGUGGAGGUUAAAUCCCGAGACGGGCGCUCGAAUACAUGUGGAAAGUUCACUACACCCCAAUACAUUAGUAAUAAAUUUAUUUUUUUUAUAUUUACAUGGCCGCAGUUUAAUUGUAGUACUAAUAAAUAUUGCAUCAUGGUUAGUGAACCGUGGUCUGUAGUGACAGCAAGGGUUCCGCAAACUUGGCCUACAUACCCCUGUUAAAGUUCGCAGAUGACAGAGAACCUCUAAAUCCAACUUUAUUGUCAUCCAUCCAAACUAGCAAAUGGCAACCACACUGCAUAAUCCUGCUAUAGACAUAGGCUCAAAAAGUAGUGCUGUUAGAAGAUUUAGCUGGACAUUUUAAACUCAAGACUCAAGCAGCCAUAGACAGGAUUACAGAUCUGCAGACUUCUGGUGAACUAACUGGUGUUAUUGAUGACAGAGGGAAGUUCAUCUACAUAUCACAAAAAGAGCUAGAAGAUGUAGCGAAAUUUAUAAAACAAAGAGGACGCGUGUCCAUUACGGAUCUAGCUGAAAGUAGUAAUGAAUUGAUCAACCUAAAUCCUGUUACUGUAACAUAGUAAGUGAAUAAGUAAAAGGAUACUGAAAUGUUAAGUACAUUGUAAAUUAUUAAGAAAUGUUUUUACAAGAAAAAUUAAAUGUUUAUUUAAAAAUCAAUAAUGAACAAGUACAAUUUAAUCAUCACUUAUUUCAUAACCAAACAUAUCCCUUCCCUUCUCCAAUAGUAAAAGAGAAGAUUCUUUCAGCCUGUCCAGUACCUCUAAAAACUUAGACUUAGUGAACACUUUGUAGAGACACCUGUUUUCACCAGCAAUCAAAUUGCUCAAUUUGAGAGCUUCUUUAUGACUUUCUAUAUCAUCAUUACUUUGUAGAAUUUUUAAUAACAGUAUUGACACUUCUGGAAUACAAAGACGUCUCAAUGUUUCUAAUUGCUUUGUUCUAUCUUGCUUUUCAUCUUGACUAAAAUUAUUUGAUGAAGUGCUAUCAUUUUCAUCUUGCAACCACCCUCCAGGGAAUAAUAGCACAUUGUAAAGCAGAUUUUUCGUGUGACGUGAUUGGUGUUGCACUGCAUUUAACCAACGGGCUUUUUGCUCCUCUACUUUAGCACACCUUUGUUCAUGAUGAACCUUAUCAGAAAAUGACGCAUCAGGGGGUAAUGGCUCUACAUCUUUGGGUUGUCCACUUAUAAAAUGUCUAUACCAAGUGGCAAAGCUCUCAAUAGACUCUAAAUAAGCUUUUAAACACAAGUGUUCCCGCAAUUCAGAUGAAUUUGUUUGAACUUUAUUAACAAAAUCUGGGAACAUUUGAUUAAUGUUAAUGAUACAAGCUAGGGCAGCAUCAGUGUUUCCUAUAAAUAUGAAUGUUCGGAUCAUAGCAUUGCUUAACCAAAGUGCUUCCUCCAAUUGAUUGGCAAUCAAGGACAACCAUUCUAGAGAUGAAAUAACCUUUGCUAUCAAGGCCUUAUCUUUUUCAACUGCAGUAGUUUGGGUGAAUGUUAAAUCCAAAUUGCCAUAACCUUGUUGAAUAUCAGUUAUUGCUUUCUUAAUUGCUACUCUAGCAGAUGCUGCUACAUCUAUUCCAGCACUAACUCCUGCCUUAACAACACCAUCUCUGUACUGACUUUUAUGUAUGUGGUCCAUCAAUUCAGCAUAUAAAACAAUUUGACGUUCAAUGGGCACCGUUGAAGUGUAGUAUGCAAUUAGUUCAGGACAUUCAAUAGAACCAUCAAUAUGUCGUUCAAUAAGUUGUGUCACAUAUUUUUCCAAAAUAGUAUCCCCAACAUCAUGCUGGGGAUCUUUACCCAUCUGUCUCAAAAUUAUAAUCAAAUGAGCCAAGAAUCUAAUAAAUCUUUCUUCAGAAAUGUCAAGCCAUUGUAGUGAUUCUUGCAUAAUUGCUCGUAUAUUGCCCAGCAUGAGAUGUCUCUGGCAAGUUUGAUAACAUGAUUCCUUUUUGCCAUCCAUCAAUGAUUUAACAGCACUGAACACUUGUUGCAGAGACAAUUCUUCAACCCGAAGGUCAGUUUGUAACAUAUCCAGUACCUCUGGUAAUGUUGUGUUAGCUUCCACUGUGGCAUGGUGUUCAUGUAGGAAUUUAUCGACUCUGGCUUCUAUCUGUACUCUUAAAUGAGCCCAUAAUAAGUCUUCCCAAUUACUCUGGCAUGCAGGAACAGCACUUGCUAAAUGACCACAUAAAAUUCCAACAGCUGCUCUAUAAUGGGUAUUUUCAGUGGCAUUACUUGAAAUCCCAAGAGCACACCAUUUCCACAAAUCUCUAGAUGGGUUCCCUGAUAUUUCUAAAGGAGCAUUCACAUCUUCUCUUGGUAAGUAGUGAAGUAAUGCCCAUCCUUGUAAUACAGCCGCACGCCAUGCUUGUCCUGCACUAAUGCACAAAGAAACUGCUUCUUUGAAUUUACCACAACGAACCUCUGUGAAUAUUCUUUUGCACAAAUCUAUGUCAUCUUUAUGAUCAUCUGAAUGUAUUGACUUUUUUUGACGUCUUGGGGCGUCUGGGUCCAUGCAUGUGAUCAUAGCUUUAUUUUUCUCUUUAUUGAAUAAACUAGAACCAAUUAAUAGUUGAUGAAGAGUAUUACCCCAAUGCAUGUUGUUACCAAUAACUGGAGCAGAUGUUUUAGUGGCUUCUUCUUGAUAUGCAGCUGUAGCUUCCAACCAAUCUACCAACAGCUGUAAAAGCCUUAAUUCAGAAUCACUUUGAAAUAAAGCUUUGACCAAAGUUUGCUGGGAUAGACUAUUUUCUGUAAUCAAACUGUCAAACGAUUCAGGGUGCUCUGUUAUUGAAUCAGCAUACAAACAGUGAAGUAGUUUCCAAGUAUUUGCCUCCUCUGCAAGCCAAUAAUUUUGGGCAUUAUAUCUGUUCCACGGUUCCACUAAUUCGAGAGAGUCGCAACAAACUUGACCUAACCUAGCCAAUGUGUCCAAAACAUUACUGGUACGGCCAGACUGUAUUAUUUCAAAAAACGCUUCACACAGCCCUUCACCGGCGUUUCCCGAACUCACCAAUACUGAAGCUUCGUCUAAAACUUGCCUUAAACUUGUAUCGUUGAAAGUGUUAAAAAUAGACGUUUCAUUGAGUAUCGGCGAAAGGUUUAACGUAUCUUCUUUUUGUAAUAAUUGCCGGUUUCUUUUAUUUCUAAUAGGUGUAUGUUGAGUUGAAUGUAAUAAUAAACUCUUGUCGUAAUUCAUUGUUCACAAUAGUUAUAAAUAACGUACUUUAUUUCAAUGAAAUUUUUACGGAAAUUCAACUGGCUUGGCAUUUGCUGGAGGGGCAGUUCUGG